GUUUGCUUUCGUUACGAUUAUGACGCUUGACGCUUGACGCUUGGCAUUUUCGCUCGUAAAUAUGCUCGUUGGCCGGUGAAUGCGCACAGAAUUCGCAACGCUACGGACGGUGACGGACCCCGAAUCGAUCGAAUGUGAUCUUAGGAUAGCAACGAUAUCUGUAUCACCACUCCAUCAAUACCUUCGGACUCGCACAUACAUGUCUACAUAUACGUGAAAACAAUUGUGUUCGCUACGUAGAACAGUUAGUAGGUGCAACUAGUGCCGUUCGUUGAUUUUCGGUUUCGAUUUCAGUUUUCCAGCGGCAGUUUGGCGCGUAAAAAAUCGAGAGACCAGUUGUGUAUUUAUUGCAAAAAACAUAUGAAUUAAAAAAUCACAAAAAAAUCUAAUAUCAAAAAAAAAAAAAAUUUAUAUUAUUUCUAAAGAAAGCGUAAAUCAUUAACAAAAAAUAAAAACUAAAAUAUCUAUACAGUAUCAAAAAAAAAAAUAAAAUCAACAACAAAAAUAGUAAAAAAACAUAAUAAUAACAAAAACAAAAGUAUUAAUAGAAAAUCAAAACAAAAAUUAUAAAAAAACCAACAAAAAAAAAUAAUAAUAAUUCAAUCAAAAAUAACUCAAGCGCGCGUGUGUGAUAUAAAAAUAGCAACAUAUUAAAAUUAUUUCAAUAUCUUAUCAGUAUUGUGUUAUUUAAAAAGUAGUCAAAAGUUAAAGGUUUAACAAACGCCACUUAAUCGGCGGGAAGUUGAUUAAACUUUUUAGAGAGGCCUUUUAUGACGACAAUUCCAGCGCUGAAGCUAAUCAAACUAAUGAGCUGAGAACAGUAAAUAAUAGCAAACGUUAACAAACUAACAAUUUGUAGCUUCCAACACUAACAAAAACCAAUAGUAACACCCUAAUGCCAUGCUUGCUAUGAAUUAAUAAUUCUUCAACGUAAAAAAAAUAUAAAAAAACUGAGUAUAAAAAUACAUGAAAAUAAGAUAUUAUGCAAAUGAAAUAACAACGUCAGCAGCGCCUUUUGUGAAUGAAUGAAUUAAUAGACAGCAACACGUUCUAAAUAUUGCAGUCGCUACUUGUAAACGUUCAUACAUACAUAUACAUAUGUAUGUUAUGUCAAAUAGAAAAUCAAACAACAAAGCAAAAUAGCGCAAAACUUUGUCGGCAGCCACUUUGCAUGCAACGCACUUAUCGAAAAACAACAACAACUACACACAACAAACAACAUUGCAGUUCAUUAACGAAUUUCAUGUGUUAUUCUAUAAAUUCUUGUCGCUGUCAUAUUGUCAACUUGUCGCACUGCAGCAUAUACAAAUGUAUGUGUUUACGAUCACUAAUCCUUGAUAUGUGCGAAAUAACGCACGUGUUGCAUACGAAAUAAAAUAAAAAAUUCAAACGAACGCAAAUAAUUAUGCGAGUGCAGCGAAACAUAAAUCAAUCGAAUCAAAAAUAAAAACAACAACAACAAAACCUUCGAUAUGAAUUUUAAUGAAGUGCAAUAAUUUAGGCGCCACUUGCGCUGAUUAGUAGUGAUAUUAAGCGUAUAAUCGCAUUUAAAGCGUCGUAAUUGAAAGAAAAAUGCCGAAGGAACGCAACUUCAAGGUUUCCGAGUCUAGUGAACGGCAAGAGUUACUAAAUUUCCCGGUCAAUGCGCAGAUAGUGCAACGUCGAACUAACUAUGGCAAGCUGUAUGUGUCAUUACCGCUCUCUGAAGGGGUCCCCGGGAAGAAUGUUUCUACGGCGGACGGGAUUUUGGAGGAACCGCUGCCGUUGCAAGAGUUGCCAGCAGUUGAUGAAGCAACACCAUUUGGUAAUCAACAAAACCAUAAAAAACCGUCCCCAACGCUUACACACACAGCUAAUGACUGUAAAUUAACACCAGCAAUAACAACUGUGACGUUACAAGCGCAAACGUCACCACAACAAUAUCAACAACAACCGCUGCACAAAUCACACAAACAAAUGACGGCAAAACGUAAAAAUUCUAAUUCCAAUGAGAUCAACAACACAGCAACGAGCGAAGCGCCACCUGCCAAUACAACGACGAACACGACGGCAACAGUGACAAACGCUAGAGCAAACAGCGGCACGAUCACCGCCAAUAAUGGCCCCUCACCGCUAGCAACAGCGCCAACCACGCGACGGGAACCACACAUAAGCACGAGCAGCAAUGGUGAGGAUGAAACCGAUGUCAUUGGCGAUUUGGUAGGGCAUUUCGGCAAGUGGCAAUGUCUGAUGACAAUGCUGUUGUCGCUGUUUCAGGUGCCCAAUACAUUUCACAUAUCGUCGUCCGUUUAUCAGGCGAUCAACAAAAACUUCUGGUGCAGCCGACCGCCGCAUUUGCAAAAUCUGCCGGUAGAUGUGUGGCGCAAUCUAAGCGAUUCGCAGGACAAUUGCUUUCAGGCGAAGACUGACUGGAGUCAAGUGGGCAACGACAGCUUGCAGCUGCAGCCAGCAUUGCAACAACUGAUACGCCAACAACAGCAAUCACAAGACAGUUUACCACACGACGCUUCGGCGGUGUCGGCAUUUCAAAAUUAUCUACUUUCACCACUGGCAGUGGUGCAGAAUGACACACGCAUACCCUGUACCGCUUGGGAAUACGAUGCCAAUGAUAAUUUGGGCAACACAUGGACUUCACAGUGGGAUUUGGUCUGCGACAAGGAGUACAUUAAGAAUGUGGCGGAGAUGUUCUUUCUGUUGGGUGUGGCAACAGGUGGUAUACUGUCGGGCUAUUUGUCGGAUAAAUUCGGCCGCAAGAAGAUGCUCUUCGUAUCUGCUGUGCUGCAGACGAUAUUCGGCUUGGUGCUCUACUUCCCAAAAUCUUUAGAAAUGUUUCUGCUACUUCGCGCCCUACUAGGCUUAGUCUCCGUGUCCGUCACAUAUGCGGGUCUCAUUUUGGCCAUUGAGUAUGUUGAUGGCAAAUGGCGUACCAUAGCCGGCAUGUACAAUUUAUUUCCACUGCCAAUAUCGUACAUGUUAAUCGCUGGCAUCGCCUAUCUGACGCAGGACUAUCAACGGUUACAACUGUGCAUCGGCCUACCGGGAAUAUUUCUUUGCUUUCUAUGGUUCGUCGUGCCCGAAUCUCCACGCUGGCUUUUGGUCAAAGGACGCAUUGCCGAUGUGAAGAGUAUAGUCGAGCGUGCCGCUAAAUUCAAUGGCCGGCAAUUACCACCAGACUAUGAGUCCAUGUUGAAACCACCACCGCAAGAAGACUCAUCACAAAAUUGCAUCAGCCUCUUCAAUUCGGGAUAUCUGCGCUGUGUGACAAUUUGCUUUCUUUGCAUUUGGUUUACCAUGAAUCUGGUUUACUAUGGCCUCAUACUGAAUAUGAGUUCGUUUGGCGGAAAUGUUUAUUUGAAUUCGGCUUUAGCUGGCCUAGUCGAAAUCCCCGCCAUCGCCAUCGCCAUGUACAUCAUCACAAAGGUUGGCAAAAAGUGGCUCUUCUGCGCCACAUUCUUCUGCACAAGCAUCGCCUGCUGUUGCGCGGCUAUUACAGAGGGCAAUGAUGACCAACUCUGGCUGAAGAUUACAUUCCUCAUGAUUGGCAAGUUCACCAUCAGCGCCGGCAACACCAUUAUGCCGGUCUACACCGCCGAACUCUAUCCGACCGCCAUUCGUAAUGUGGGCGUGGGCGCUUGUAAUGUUGCCGCCGGUGCGGCACUGAUACUCACGCCAUAUUUGUCGUUGUUGAAUAAAAUUGAGAUUCAUUUCAUGAUGACACUGCUGACAACUUUUGCUUUCUUUGGCGGAUUUGUGGUGCUGUUCCUGCCUGAAACUAUAUCAGCUCAAACGAAAACGGAACCACGAGAGGAGAAAUGUUAGAAAUUUUAGCUGAGGUAACUUCAAGCAAUUGAUGCCACAAAAGAAUGAUAGGCCAUGAAGUGGAAAAUAACAAACUUUGUCAAAAUACGACGAAUUUAGUAAGCAAAAGAAAUUUUGCAAACUCACCACUGACGAUUUUCAAAUGCCAAUUAGCUGUAAAAGACGACACAAGCCCGAAGAAAUCAUAAAGAAAAACAGAAAAUUCAUGUGAAAGCAUGCAACUAUUUAAACGCAUAAGCGUACAGCGAAAGUAAAACAUUAACUGUAUUUUGGCUGGACCAAAAUUAAUGAACACAAACCACUAACUAACUGUAAUAGCAGGCAAUAGCAACAAACAGUUUAUUGAAGACUUCCAUUUCAAGCAAAACCCUAUUACAGCAAGUAUUUGUUUAUUGAAACUAACAUAUAUAUAUAAAAUAACGGUAAAUAAGCGAGCAAGCAUAUCAUUUAACGGUAAUAAAGUUGUUAAAAAGUUGUAAUUUAAGAAAUUGUUCUUCAAAGCUCAGAGAAUUAAUGAAAGCUCACAACAAUUAUCAAAAGUUUAAUUAAACUGAUAGUGAAAGUUCCGAAGCUCAAAGAAUUAAUGAAAGCUUACAAUAAUUAUCAAAAGCUUAAGUAAAAUGAAAGUGAAAGUUCCAAAUGUUAAAAGCGCUAAAAUUACUGUUGUGUAUGUAAGUUAUCAAACAAACAUUUUUCUUAUUACAGAAAGACGCUUAAAUAAAAAAUAUUAAAAUAAAGAAAAUAAAAUACACAAGUUCCCAAAAAAAAACUACUAAAUACAGGCAGGACCUUUUGUUGCAAAUUCAUAAAUUUAAGGAAAAUUGUUUUUAAUAAAAAAUACUAAAAAAAAAAUAAUAAAAGUAAAAACCAAA